AUUCACCAAGAGCUUCAGGGCUUCAAGCGGCGCUUUGCUUACGAAGAAUCUGCAAAGUUCGGAGAAAAUGUCUUUGCUGCAGCUUUCAGCUUCGAUCUCUUCGUCUUCGUCUUCUUAUUUAGGUCAAGGCAGCAUAAUUUCCAGAACUCAAAAGGAUUCAUUUCAUGCGAAAAAGAGUGGGACUUGCCUUUGCGUCGCGACUCCUACGGCUGAGAAGACUGCUUACAAGACAAAGGUCUCUCGCAAUGCUAACAUGGCAAAGCUUCAAGCUGGUUAUCUAUUCCCAGAGGUUGCCAGAAGAAAGGCACAACACAUGCUGAAAUACCCCGAUGCUCAGGUCAUAAGCCUUGGAAUUGGUGACACAACAGAGCCUAUUCCAGAACUUAUAACAUCCGCUAUGGCGAAGAGAGCACAAGCGCUGUCAACUUUAGAGGGUUACAGCGGUUAUGGACCUGAACAAGGUGACAGACAUUUAAGGGCUGCAAUUGCAUCAACAUUUUAUGGGGACCUUGGUAUAGAGGAAAGUGAUAUAUUUGUAUCAGAUGGUGCAAAAUGUGACAUAUCUCGUCUUCAGACUCUUUUUGGCUCUGAUGUGAGGAUAGCGGUUCAAGACCCAUCAUACCCGGCAUAUGUAGACUCAAGUGUGAUUAUGGGCCAAACUGGCCUGUUCCAGAAGGAUGUUGAGAAGUAUGAAAACAUUGAAUACAUGAGGUGCUCUCCGGAGAAUGGCUUCUUCCCUGAUUUAUCAAUUGUUCCUCGAACAGAUAUCAUCUUCUUCUGUUCACCAAACAAUCCUACUGGUUACUCUGCAACAAGAGAGCAGCUGACACGGCUGGUACAGUUUGCCAAGGACAAUGGAUCAAUCAUAAUCUUUGAUUCUGCGUAUGCGUUGUAUAUAUCAGAUGACAGCCCUCAUUCUAUAUUUGAAAUUCCUGGAGCAAAGGAGGUUGCACUUGAGACUUCAUCAUUUUCAAAGUUUCUUGGAUUCACCGGUGUGCGUCUCGGAUGGACUGUGGUUCCCAAAGAGCUAUCCUUUUCUGAUGGAUUUCCUGUUGCCAAGGAUUUCAACCGCAUUGUCUGUACUUGCUUCAAUGGUGCAUCAAUUAUUCCUCAAGCUGGUGCACUGUCCGCCCUUUCUCCAGAAGGUCUUAAAGAUAUGUCUGAUGUGAUUGGUUUCUACAAGGAGAACACCAAAAUAAUAGUGGACACAUUUACCUCCCUUGGUUUUAAGGUCUAUGGAGGGAAAAAUGCCCCAUAUGUCUGGGUCCACUUCCCUGGUCGAAGCUCGUGGGAUGUCUUUGCUGAGAUUCUUGAGAAGACCCAUGUAGUUACAACACCAGGCAGUGGUUUUGGCCCCGGAGGUGAGGGCUUCAUCAGGUUUAGUGCCUUUGGUCACAGGGGCAAUAUUUUAGAAGCCUGUAAAAGAUUCAAGCAGCUCUACAAGUGAGCUUAGUUGUGCUUGAUAGAAAUGGUAUCUUGGGAUGGAGCUAAUAAUAGUCUCCAGUAGUCUAGUUUUUUGUCUCUUCACAGUUUUCCUCUUCUAAUUAAAACUGCUGCUAAACUAUUUCCU